AUGUAUGGGGCGGGAAACUACUGCGCAGAUGAGCCGGAGAAGAUCGACCAGUACACGCGCCCGGACAAGGGGCGCAGGGGCAUGGAGGAACUGCAUUCUCUGCUCUACCCCACCGGCGGCAACACUCAUCCAGGACAAGAUAUCUUCUACUGCUUCCUGGUCCGUGUGGCUUGCGGAGCAUGCUUCCAGUCUCAAGGCUUGGACAGAGACCGCCUCAAAGAUGCGGCGACGGGCACAGAAGUCUACAUGACGGACGAGCGGCGUGAGCUCAGUCGCAUUCUAGGCUCUUCUCCUUCCAUCUCGUACCACACCCUUGUCAUGCACACCUCGUCGACGAAGACGGGUGGCCACGUGGAGCGGUUUAGGGAGAUCGUCCUCUUCGACGGCAACCGGAUCUAUCCGGAGUAUUUGUUGGCAUACCGCCGGCUGAAAUGA